CGUUGAUUAUAGAUGAAAUUUCAUAAACGGGGCUUUAAUCAACCGAUUUCGCUGUUAAAGUGGGAUAAAAACUUUCUACCUAAACUGGAAAUUCUUUUAAAAAAAACACGAAAGUGUAAAGUGUUGUCCCAGAUUAGCCUGUGAAGGGUCCACCAACUUAUAUGCGCCAACUUUUUACGCGCAUGCAUUGUACCCUGUUUUCUAGGAGGAAGGCUCAUAUAGUGUCAACUGUAUCCUUAAAUAAACUGUUUUUACAACUUGCACUGUAUAUUUAUAGAAAGUUACUUUGAACGUUACAAAGAUGCCUAUCGAUAUUCAGGUCAACAAGGUCAAAGUGAAAACCUUGCAUGACUUUACAUAGGACAGUGUAGCUCCUGAUUUGAAAGCGCAAUUGCACAGGCUGGUCUGGAGCUUAGCUGGUCACACAUUGCAUAAGGCCCAUUUUCACAUGACAAGGCUCACAUGACAUUUUUUGCUAACUAGAAGUGUGACCUGUUUUUCAGAUGGUUUAUAGCAACUCUGGUUACGGCUGCUGUGGCCCUAGGCGUGGUCACGGGCAUUCAUCUCACAGAGUUCAUUACUUACUUCACAGAUCAGACCAAUAGAGACAUUUUGCAGCCAUAUCGAGAUCUGAACUCCACGUUACACUACAAGGAUGCAGACUUUCAAAUCCUCCACCGGAGUGUUCCACACGAGGCGUGGCUGGCCAUUCUGGCGGCCUACUUCAUACUCGGCCUUGUAGCAGUGGCUCUUGUCACGCAUCUCUUUGUUAACCACAAUUUGAGCACGUACGACUACAUCGUUGCCCAGAGGGACAAAGAAAGCCGUUAAGAAGUAGACAGCAAUACCAGUAGAGGUUUAAAAAAGAAGCAAUACACUACGUGUUGACCGACCUGUGGUAAAAAAAUGACCAAAUUUUCUUGCAAUAAAUUCAAGAAAAAAGAAAUUUUACCCUGUUGACCCUGGCCCUAAGAACAAAGUGAACCCAUCAGCAACUCGAACAAGAGCGCAGGCCAUACGACGCUGUCCUCACAUGACUUUCAGACAAUCCUACAGGAUGCAGAGAGGGAGCACCUGUCCAAGGGGGAGACCCCGCCCCCCUCGGCCAUCCCCAUACGUUCGGAGAACAACAACAUCAACUCAAAACUGGUUACAGACAAUGAGAAGACAGAGGUGAAACGGCUACGGAAGAAGAAAAAGAAGACCACCCACAGCACUUCCCAGUCAAUCUCAACUAUUGACAACCCUUGCGUGUACCAGAACAAGGGCUACACAAUCUCCAGUGUGGACAUUCCAUCGUUCUCUGCUGUACCACAGAUCCUUCCUGCCCCUGUCAUAAACCCUCGGGGGAUGGGUUUUACCCAGGAAUACCACUCAGACUCUGCAGACUCUCUGCUGGAGGUGCCCACUGAUCACUCGCUGUCACUUACUUCCACCGCAUCCGCAACAAAGAAAAAGGCAGAACAAAACAAAAUGGAGACUGAAGAAAAUGGUAGCAAUAAAGAGGAGCCCCUAUCAGACACAAAUGAGCAAAGAUCUUCAGAAAAGGAGGAUCAUGAUGAAUCGAUUGGGAAAGAUGAAGAAAAACAGAACACAUCAUAUGAACAGGACGGUGAGAAAGACAACAAAUAUGAAGAAGAGCCUGAUGAUGAACCCCAAGUUGGAAUGUUAGAGAGACCCUUGAUCAUCGAAGAUGGAAAGAAACGAGAAAGGAAAAAGGUGGAAAGGAUGUCAGAUAUCAUGAAGGAGUCAUUGGAUGCCAAGCCCGUCGAGAUAUUGGAAGGGAAAGGACGAGCUCUGGGAGAUAUUCCAUUCAUUGAGCACAAGAUCAGCCGAGCAAAGCCAGAAGAUCUGAAACUUUUAUAUCGGGUUCUGUUCAGGAAACCUGGAAAGCAAUUAGAACACCGGAAACACAUACGGCAGUUCUCUAGAUUUCCAUUCCCAAAGACUGAUGAAGAGUAUAAGAAGCGUUUGGAAAUUUUGAAGAAACUGUAUCUGAAAUUGUUUUAACACCUUUCCGCGAAAGCCAGUAGUGAAAAUUAGCACAAGGACAUACAUAGAAUAACUGUAGUUUAAACUGGGCUUGUUGAGUACUCAUUUUUUGGUGGUGUUUGUGAGGUUUCCCUGCUCAAAAGUAAUAGAUACCUUUUGUCAAAAAUAGGAGAAUAUAAUUUGAGCUGCGUUCUUGGUGUAAAGAAAGUGUACAGACUAUUCAGGGAAGACACUCUCAAUUUUUAUUAAUUUUUUCAUUUGGAUGAGGUCUCUUCUUAAUGAAAAUUCAGUCAUCCUCGAUUAGCCUGUGCGGACUGCACAGGCUAAUAUGUGAUGAAACUUAUGAUACAUUAAUUAAGCCCAGUUUUCUCAGAUCGAGGCUCUGAAUUUAUCUCAGGUCCUUCACAAAAAAUAUGAUCCAGCAUUGCUGUGAGAUCAUAGACGUCCCCAGGAGCGGAAAUAAAGAGGAGUUGAUAGAUAGACUCAUGGAAUGGCUAGAAAAACCUGCUGACUCUGGCAGGAAUGUACCAAAAUAAAAAAAAACG